UUAUUUUUGUAAAAAUAUAAAGAUACUUUUACAAUAAUAAGUUUGUUCUUAUAAAAGUAUCUUGUUAGUGUUUUUCUAAUAUACAGUAAUACAAUUUUAAAAUACAGUAAUACAAUUUAUGUUUUUUAUUUUUUUUUUUUAUUACUUUUUUUUGUUAGAAAGGUUGUUGUACGUAAAGCAGAACUGAUUUGAUAACUGUUAUUUUUAUUGACUGUUGACAAUUUCAAGAUGUUUUUUUUUUUAAUUAUAUAAUUUUUUUGUUAUCUUUAGGCCAAUUUGCACAGACUACAGCUUGUAAGUUAUUAUAGCAUAACUUUAAUUAACUAUUAAAGAAAUAUAAAUAAAUAUGUAUGUCUUACUUAUUUAUUUAUUACUUGUCGUGUAUGGAUUUCCCAUUUGCUGCAAUAUUAAUUUUUUAAUUUUAGUAUCUACCUCAUGUGCUACACCUGUAUCUACCUCUUGUGCUACACCUGUUAUUUCUACAUGUGCUACGCCUGGUAAGUUUCAAAAACUUUUUUCUUUUAACAUGUGUAUGCAUUUCUUAUCAAUUGCAUAUUCUUUUUUGAAUUUUCUUUUUUGCAAUUGCAUUUCUUAUCAACUGGUUUUUGAUGAAAACUUUCUUUUUAUAGUUACAUCUUCAGCUGUUACGUCAAUUCCAUCUGCACCACCUUUAAAUGAUUGGUUGUUAUUGGUUAAAUAUGAUCAUUUAAAUAAGAAAAUGUAUACUCGUGCAACUGAAUACAUGUAAACUCGAGAAAAUGAAUACUCGUGCAAAUGUAUACUCGUGCAAUCUGGUAAAACAAUUCUGUAUUGUGCUUUCUCUUUUUAAUAAUUGCAUGUGAAAAUGUUGAAAAUAUCAUUUCUAUGUUUUUUUUCUUUUUUACGUUGGUUAAGGGGAAGGGGGAAAACCAUCCUUCUCCUCAAAUUGUACAUCACUAAUGUAUGUUCUAUAGUAAAAAAAUAUUGCUUUAUGUAAUACAACAAUAUUUUCAAUACUAAUGUAUGUUGUAUAGUUAUAAAAGAUUAUUUUUCCUAUUUAACAAUACAUUUGAUUAUUGAAAUAAAGAUGACAUUAUUUUUUGUCAGGUGGGGGGGGGGGAGAGGUGGUGCAUUAGACUCCCUUUAUUUAAAGUCAAUGUAUACAUCAAUAAUAUAUGUUGAAUAGUAAUAAAAGAUUAUUUUUACUUGUUAACAAUACAUUUAGUUAUUUUGAU